AUGGCGCCAGUAAACACACCCGUACCACAGGGAAUUCCCUCGCCGCCACCUGUCCGAAUUGCCGUCGACACGAACAACUCGCUGUGGGAUCGGUUGAGCAAUUGGGCUUCAGAGAACAAGGGUGUCGUGUACACGAUUGCGGGUAUAACACUGGUUGUCGGUGCUGGUGGGGCUGUCUACUACUUCUCCAAUGAUUCAAGAGACAGCGCGGCAGACACAGCGGCGACCAAGCGCAAGAGGCAACGCGAGCGCAAGCGCGCAAAGGAGAGGGCCGAGAAGGACUCGGCGCCAGAGAAGUCUGCAGAGUCUGAGAAGAAGGCAUCUGUAGCGGAAACAACCGAAGACAAGCUCCCAGAGGUUGACGAGAACAGCGUGGGCUCACUCUCGGACGAGGACCGCAAAGACUAUGCCGCAAAACUCAAGGCAGCAGGCAACAAGGCCUACGGGUCCAAGGACUACAACCGCGCCAUCGACCUCUACGGCAAGGCCAUCCUCUGCAAGCAAGACCCCGUCUUCUACUCGAACCGCGCCGCCUGCUACAAUGCCAUGUCUGAGUGGGACAAGGUCAUUGAGGACACGACCGCCGCCAUCAACCUCGACAACGAAUACGUAAAGGCGCUGAACCGACGAGCGAACGCAUACGAGCAGGUCGAGCGCAACAGCGAGGCCCUCCUCGACUACACUGCGAGCUGCAUUAUCGACGGCUUCCGCAACGAGAGCAGCGCACAGAGCGUCGAGCGUCUGCUUAAGAAGGUCGCCGAUGCCAAGGGCAAGGCCAUUCUCGCCUCCAAGGAGAAGAAGCUGCCCAGCCCAACUUUCGUCACAAACUACCUCCAGAGCUUCCGACCGAAGCCAACACCAGAGGGCCUCGAGGACGACGCCGAGCUUGAUGAGGAGAGCGGAAAGGGCCAGUUGCGCAAGGGUCUGAAGGCCAUGGCCACCAAGACCGGCGAUGGAUACACGGAAGCUGCGGCAGCUUUCGACCGCGCAGUCGAGCUCGGAGACCUUGGUGAGCACGAGGCUUUCGCGUAUAACAUGCGCGGAACCUUUAGCUACCUCAAAGGCGACAACGAAGACGCGCUCAAGGACAUGGACAAGAGCAUCGAGCUCCAGCCCACACUAACACAGAGCUUCAUCAAGCGUGCGAGCAUGCACCUCGAGCUCGCCAACCCGGAAGCUGCCGAAGCCGACUUCGCCGCCGCCCUCGAACAGAACUCCAGCGACCCCGACAUUUUCUACCACCGCGCACAACUACACUUCAUCAAGUCCGAGUUCGGCGAGGCCGCAAAGGACUACCAGAAGUCCAUCGACCUCGACAAGGACUUCAUCUUCUCGCACAUCCAACUCGGUGUCACACAAUACAAGAUGGGCAGCAUCGCCUCGUCAAUGGCCACAUUCCGCCGCUGCAUGAAGAACUUCUCCCAGGUCCCCGACGUAUACAACUACUACGGAGAACUACUGCUCGACCAGCAAAAGUACCAGGAAGCCAUCGAGAAGUUCGAUACCGCUGUCGAGAUGGAGAAGACCAGCAAGCCCCUCGGCAUGAACGUCCUGCCCCUCAUCAACAAGGCGCUCGCGCUCUUCCAAUGGAAGAACGACUUCGACGACGCCGAGAAGCUGUGCGAGAAGGCGCUCAUCAUCGACCCCGAAUGCGACAUCGCUGUCGCAACCAUGGCACAGCUGCUGCUGCAACAAGGGAAGGUCACAGAGGCGCUCAAGUACUUUGAGCGUGCGGCCGAGCUGUCGAGGACAGAAGGCGAAAUCGUCAACGCUCUCAGCUACGCCGAGGCAACCAGGACACAACUUGAGGUGCAAGAAAAGUACCCCAAGCUCGCUUCGAGACUAGGUGCCAUGGGCGCGGCUGGCGGUGGCUUCGGCGGCAUGCGAUAA